AUGGCGCAAGAGCCUGAGAAGAACGGCCGCUCGUUGCCGCCUGACGAAAAGCACGGCGACGACAAGACACCCGCGACGAACCAGCUCCGCCCCCAGCGCGAGGCAACUUUCAGCGACUACCUGAGAGUUUUCAAGUAUGCCACCAAAUGGGAUCUUGUCGCCUAUGCCCUCGGUUCCCUCGCCUCUAUUGGCGCUGGCUGCACCCUGCCGCUUCUCAACGUCGUCUUUGGCCGCUUCACGACCCAAUUCACCAACUUUGCGGGUGCUGGCACCCUCUCUCCCGAGACUUUCAAGUCAAACCUGCAAACACUAUCGCUUUACAUGCUCGGCCUCUUUCUCGGCCGACUCUUUCUCAACUAUGUCAACAAAUUUGCCUUUCGCAUGAUUGGAAUUCGCAUCUCCUCCGCUGUUCGCCUUCACUUUCUACAGGCCCUCUUUGCCCAGAGCAUCCAUGUAUUUGACUCGAUGCCUCCCGGCUUUGCUACCAAUACAAUCACGACUACGAGUAAUACCCUCCAGCUAGGCAUCUCCGAGAAACUGGGCACAUUUAUCGAGUUUAACGCCACCAUUGUGGCCGCCGUUGUCGUCGCCUUCAUCUACAGCUGGCGGCUUACACUCGUCACCUCAUCGGCCCUCGUCUUCAUUAUGCUCACUAUUGGCGUUUUGCUGCCAAUUAUAGUCAAAGGCCAAGGCCGCACAACCAAGUUGGAGUCGCAAUCCAACUCUAUUGCGAGCGAAACGUUUGGCAGCAUCCGAAUGAUUAUGGCCUGCGGAGCCGAGAUGCGCAUUGCCGAGAAAUAUGCCGCCGUCAUUGAAGACUCGCGAAAGAAUGCACAGCGUACCAGUCCAUUCAUUGCGCUACAAUUCGGCCUCGUCUUUUUCGGUGUAUUUGCUGCUUUUAGCUUAUCAUUUUGGUAUGGCUCCAAGUCAUUCCUUGAGGGCACCCUCACAGACGUUGGCACCAUCAUUGUCGUCUUGUUUUCCAUGAUGAUGCUUCUAUUCUCAAUGGAACGUAUAUCUACCCCCAUGCUUGCUGUUAGCAAAGCAACCGUCGCCGCUUGCCAAUUCUUCACCGUCAUCGACGCCCCUCGCCCGGAUCCCGGCCACCUUGUUGCCCCGGAUGUAACUGCAGACCAGGACAUUAUCCUCCAGAAUGUCACCUUUGCGUACCCAAGCCGCCCCCACGUCAAGGUGCUAGACGAUUUGAGCCUCCACUUCGAGUCGGGCAAGACAACUGCCAUUGUCGGCCCUUCUGGCUCGGGAAAGAGUACCAUCGUUGGUCUCAUCGAGCGUUGGUACUCGCUGAAGGAGCAAUACGUCGUCGCCAAAGCCGUAGAGAAAAAGAAGAAGAAGAAGAAUGACAGCGAAGAGGACGAGCCUACUGAAGAGGAAGCAGCUGCGGCUCAGGCCGAAACAGAUGCUCAGUCUGGACCUCCCAUCACCCUUUCCGGCAGUGUCACCACCUGCGGCCACUCUAUUGAUGACAUAAACGUCAAGUGGUGGCGUUCGCAGAUUGGCCUCGUCCAGCAGGAGCCGUUUCUGUUUAACGAAUCCAUCUAUGUCAACGUGUGCAACGGUCUGGUUGGUACACAGUGGGAGGACGAGCCGGAAGACAAGAAGCGCGAGAUGGUCAAGGCAGCUUGCAAAGAGGCAUUCGCAGAUGAAUUCAUUGACAAGUUGCCCCAGGGCUAUGACACUACUGUUGGCGAUGGCGGCGCGAGACUCUCCGGGGGCCAGCGUCAACGCAUCGCCAUUGCGCGCUCCAUCGUACGCCAGCCCAAGAUUCUCAUCUUUGAUGAGGCCACGAGUGCCAUAGACGUGCGCGGCGAAAAGAUUGUCCAAGCGGCCCUCGACCGUGUCGCGCAGAACCGCAGAACCAUCACCAUCGCACACCGGCUCUCCACCAUCAAGAAAGCCGACACCAUUGUUGUCCUGAAGAAAGGCCGGGUGGUAGAGACGGGCACGCACGAGAGCCUCCUGGACAUGACCGACGGCGUGUAUGCGGGUCUGGUCCGCGCUCAGGCCCUCUCUCUCGGCGAAGCCACGGAUGCAGGCGACGGCGUGCGGCCGGAGGAGACGGAGGAUGCGGUCGCCGCGGAGCUGGCUCGCGAGAAGAGCAAGGCUGGGGAGUCAACAAAAGGUACCAACCUUGAGUCCACUACCACGUCCGACAAGACUCGCGGCUUCUUCAACAGCUUCGGACGCCUCUUCUACGAGACGCGCAGCCACUGGCCCAUCAUGGCAUUGACGCUCGUUGCGGCAGCAUGCGCGGGCGCGGCCAUCCCGAUACAGGCGUGGCUCUUCGCCAAGGUCAUCGUCGUCUUCGGAUACGCCUCGGACCGCACGCGCUUCCGGCACGACAGCGAGCUAUACGCCCUCAUGUGGCUGGUGCUGGCCAUCGGUGUUGGGUGCGCCUACACGGCCACCUUCUUCCUGGCCGCGCGCACCGCCAACGUCGUCCGCGCCAAGUACCAGCGCGAGUACUUCCUCUCCAUCCUCUACCAGAAGCCUGCCUUCUUCGACGAGGACGACCACGCGCAGGGCGCCAUGACGGCGCGCGCCUCGGGCGACCCGCAGAAGCUCGAGGAGCUCAUGGGCGCCAACAUGGCCAGCGUGUACAUUGGCCUCUUCACACUCGUCGGCUCCAUCAUCAUCGCCUUUUGCUUCGCGUGGAAGCUCGCCAUCGUGUCGCUGUGCGUGGUCGUGCCCGUGCUGCUGGCCUCGACGUACUGGCGCUUCCGGUACGAGAUUGAGUUUGAGAAGAUGAACGACGCCGUCUUCACCGAGAGCUCCAAGUUCGCCGCCGAGUCCAUCGGGGCCUUCCGCACCGUGGCGUCGCUGACCCUAGAGGACGCCAUCUGCGCGCGCUUCGGCCGGCUGUGCCGCGGGCACGUUGUGGAGGCGUACAAGAAGGCGCGCUGGGUCAGCCUGCUGUUCGCCUUCUCCGACAGCGCCACCAUGGCCUGCCAGGCGCUCAUCUUCUACUACGGCGGCCGGCUGCUGCUCAGUGGCGAGUACGGCCUCACGAGCUUCUUCGUGUGCUUCCUGGCCGUCAUGAACGCGGGCGAGUCCACUGGCCAGGCGCUCAGCUUCGGGCCCAACGCCACGCAGGUCAAGGACGCCGCGAACCGCAUCCUACGGCUGCGCGACUCACGGAACAGGGACAGCGGUAGCGACGUGAUUGCGCGUCGCGGCAGCGGUGACCACGGCGAACGCGACGGCGGUGUCAAGAUUGAGUUCGAGAAUGUUCACUUCCAAUAUCCGACGCGCGACACGCCCGUGUUUAGCGGCCUCAAUUUGACCAUCGAAAAGGGCCAUUUCGCUGCGCUGGUGGGUGCGUCGGGCUGCGGAAAGACGAGCAUCAUCUCUCUGCUGGAACGGGCCGCAUUCUCUGCGACGGCGAGGACAUCGCCAAGAGCAACGUCUACGCCUACCGCGAAAACCUGUCCCUUGUCGCCCAAGAAGCGACCCUCUUCCGAGGCAAGUCCAAAAACACACCAACCUCAAUACUACCCCUUUAUCCUAACUCGUCUCUCUUUCCUCUCACCAGGCACCAUCCGCGAAAACAUCCUCCUCGGCGUCGACGAGGCCACCGUCACCGACGAGCAACUCCACAACGCCUGCCGCGCCGCCGAGGUGCACGACUUCAUCGUCUCGCUGCCCGAGGGCUACGCCACGUCGACCGGCUCGCGCGGCGUCGCGCUGUCCGGCGGGCAGAAGCAGCGCGUCGCGAUCGCGCGCGCGCUCGUCCGCGCGCCGCGCGUGCUGCUUCUCGACGAGGCCACCAGCUCGCUCGACUCGGAGAGCGAGCGCCUGGUGCAGGCUGCGUUCGAGCGCGCGGGCCGGGGCCGCACCAUGGUCGUGGUCGCGCACAGGCUGGCCACGGUGCAGAACGCGGACGUCAUCUUCGUCCUCGGCGAGGGCGGCAGGCUGCUCGAGCGGGGCAGUCACGGGGAGCUGCUGCGGCGGCGAGGGGUGUACUGGCAGAUGUGCCAGAGCCAAGCUCUGGAUCGGUGA